UGAAGUUGAGUGAAACUCAACUCCUAUUGUCUGUCGCUGCUCACUGUACCGCUGAUCACACAGCAAAACGUCCAAGCAGCGACUCAGGGACCACAACACCAGCACCACCUGCACCACCAGCACCACCAGCACCAUGCCGUCCCAGGAAUGGAUCCGCACCUCGCUGCGGACCCCUGGGAUCCUGAUCUUCGGGAUGGUCCUUGCCCCGUGCGGCUGGAUCCUUAACCUCGUCGCCACGGUGGCCCCCAACUGGCGCACGAUACACGGGAUACUGGACACCCCAAGGAACGAGUUCAUCCAGCAGGGCAUCUGGGACAUCUGCCGGGCAACGGAAACCAGCCAGCUGGGCUGCGGGCUGCAGGACACGGACUACUUCAACGAGCAGAUCAUCGAGGUGGCCCAGGGGCUGAUGGUGGCGUCUCUCAUCGUCACCCUCAUCGGCCUGGCCGUCGCUAUCCCUGGGGUCCGCUGCUGGCGUGAGACCCCACGCUGGACCCUGGCCGGCCUGGGCGGGCUGCUGAUCUUCCUGUCGGGCGUCAUGACCCUCAUCCCCAUCGCGUGGUAUACGCACAUCCUGGAGGAGAUCCCGGUUUCGAGCCUCUCCAGCGACGUGCGGGUGGGCUACUGCAUCAUCCUUGGCUACAUCGGGGGCAUAUUCGAGGUCCUCGCGGGGCUGGUCAUGUUCAUCGGGAUUUGCCGUUGCUGCGGCGGCAAGAACCGGGGGGAGAGGCCGGCCGACGAGGUCAGGAACUCGCAGUUCCGACACCGGAAAAACCCGCCGCCAAGGCGCUUGGAGGUGCCCAGUCUGUCAAGCUCCAAGAGCAGCGCGAGCAGCGUCGCUUACUCCCGGGACGACGACGUGUCCUUCCCGCGCGCCAAACCCGCUCCGGCCCGCUCCGUCCACACACCAUACUCCAACACCAGCAGGCCCUACGACGUGGACCUCUAGAGACACGAGCACCCCGCUGAGCAGAUGCUCGGACCCGGACACAGCAGUGGGUCGGAGGUUAAUCGAAGAAGCAUUGGUAUCCUGAGAUAUGUAUUGUGGGAUCGGGAGUCGGGACUCUGGGCUGUUAUGAUUAGGACUACGUAUUGGGAUGGGUGUCAUUGCAGGUGGUCCGGGGUUCAAACCCCAAUGACCAGCCUCACCUGCAUGAGGUCCGAUCCUCUGUUGCAUGGAUAUAAAACACUGAUCCGCUGUUGUUAAAGCGAGAUUACCUUAAAGUAAAAGACCUAGAAGUAGUAGUAGGCUAAUAUAUUGUCUUAACAUCCGGAACAUGGAAGAACAAAUACUAACUUUUUUUUAAUAGCUUACGAAAAGUAUUUGAUUUUAGAUGCUGUACAUAGAUUUUUGUAAAAAGCCCUUAUCUUGAAGGAACAUAUAGGUUAGGUUGUCCUGGUGUUAGCUGAUACAUUUGUUGGCAGCUAUUUUUUGUACAUUGUCAAUACUUUUAUUUUGAUAUGCACUUUACAUUCCUCGUUGAGAUUGUAGAUUAACAAACAGGAUUGUAGUAAACUAUACUGCUGACAGACUGUAGAAAACUGUAGUCUUUAAAGACUGUAGAAAAUUGUAGUCCUAAAGACUACUGAACUGUAGUCCUAAAAGACUAGUGAACUUUAGUCCCUAAAGACUAGUCAACUGUAGUCCUAAAGACAGUGAAUUGUAGUCCUAAAAGACUCUAGUAAACUGUAGUCCUAAAAAACGAAUGAACUGUAUUCCUAACUGACAGUAGUGAACUGUAGGCCUUGUCCUAAAGACUAGUGAACUGUAGUCCU